AUGAGAAACAAGAUGGCCCUUUUGUUCUUUUACUCAGAAACUUUCAUGAUUGGAGCAAUGUUCUUUAUUUCUAUUGGAGCUGAACCAGUGGCAGAUAAACAGGCUUUACUGGAUUUCCUUCACAACAUGAAUCACUCUGCACAUCUCAAUUGGAACAAGAGUUCUUCUGUAUGCAAAAAAUGGACUAGAGUUACCUGCAAUACGGAAAAAUCAAGAGUUAUAUCCCUUCAGCUACAAAGUGUUGGACUGAAUGGUUCAAUUCCACCUAACACUCUUAGUAGACUCAAAGCUCUUCAAAAUUUGAAUCUUGCAUCAAAUAGUAUAACUGGUUUCUUUCCUUCUGAUUUCUAUAAGCUGGAAAAUUUGACCUUUCUUUUCCUCCAAUUCAACAGGUUUUCUGGGCCAUUGCCAUUAGAUUUUUCAGUUUGGAAUAAUCUAACUGUUGUUGAUUUUUCCAACAAUGGUUUUAAUGGAAGCAUUCCUUUAUCAGUUUCAAAUUUGACUCAUCUCACUUCUUUGAUUCUGGCUAAUAACACCCUUUCAGGUGAAAUUCCUGAUAUCAAUAUUCCCAGCCUUAAAGAUCUCAAUUUGGAAAACAAUAAUCUUAGUGGUGUUGUGCCUAAAACACUUCAUAGAUUUCCAAGUUUGGCCUUUUCAGGUAACAAUCUUAACUUUGUAAAUGUUUAUCCUCCAAAUUCUCAUAAGAAAAGGAAAAAAACCAAAGGGCUUAAAGAACAAGUGUUAUUAGGUAUCAUCAUUGGUGGUUGUGUAGUAGGAAUUUUAAUCAUAGCAGUUUUCUGGAUUGUGUGCUGUUACAAGAAACACGGCGAAGCUGGACAACUUGUUAAGUCUCAGAAGAAUAAAGAAAAUUUUUCUGAUAAGAAAGAAGCUUCUGAGAGUCUAGAAGGAAACAAAAUCGUCUUCUUUGAAGAUUGCAAUUAUGUAUUUGACUUGGAAGAUUUGUUGAGAGCUUCUGCUGAGGUGCUUGGAAAGGGAACUUUUGGUACGGUUUAUAAGGCUGCUUUAGAGGAGGCGACGACAGUCGCGGUUAAGAGGCUGAAGGAGGUUACAGUCGGGAAGCGGGAGUUCGAACAGCAGAUGGAGAUGGUUGGACGGAUUAGGCAUGAGAAUGUGGCUGCUCUAAGGGCUUAUUACUAUUCAAAGGAGGAGAAACUUAUGGUUUAUGAUUUUUAUGAACAAGGCAGUGUCUCAGCAAUGUUGCAUGGCAAAAGAGGGGCAGAUAGAAUUCCUUUAGACUGGGAAACGAGGUUGAGAAUAGCAAUUGGUGUAGCAAGAGGCAUUGCACACAUACAUGCACUAGAAGAAGGAAAACUAGUCCAUGGAAACAUAAAAGCCUCAAACAUUUUCCUCAACUCUAAAGGGUAUGGUUCCAUAUGUGACAUUGGUCUAGCAACAAUGAUAAUAACUCCAACAUCUCCAAGGGCAACAGGAUACCUUGCACCUGAAGUAACAGAAAGUCGGAAAGCAACUCCGGCGGCUGACGUCUAUAGUUUCGGUGUCUUGUUACUUGAACUUUUAACUGGAAAAUCUCCUUUACAUGUAGGUGAGGAAGUUGUUCAUUUGGUUAGGUGGGUGAAUUCUGUGGUUAGAGAAGAAUGGACUUCUGAAGUGUUUGAUUUGGAGUUAUUGAGAUAUCCUAAUAUAGAGGAAGAAAUGGUUGAGAUGUUACAAAUUGGUAUGGCUUGUGUUGGGAGGAUACAAGAUCAAAGACCAAAGAUGGAUGAAGUUUUGAGAAUGGUUGAAGACAUUCAUAGGGGUAAUAGUGGAAAUAGACUUUCCACUGAAUCUAGAUCAGAUGGUUCUACUCCAAUAACUCCUCAUGUAAUAGAAACACCUAUUUCUCUUCCACAUUGA